AAAAAACUUAAAAACUGUCACUGUCAAAGAAAAACGCUGCUGUUGGUUUGCUUUGUGCAACAAAUAUUUUAAAAUAAUUACUACAUUCCAUAGGAUUCGCGUCUUCUAUUCCUCCUAACCCUACUACAGAGACACCGUCCUAUAAAAAUGGAUCCGCAACCCCACGAAAUGAAAUCCUGUCCAUACAACAUGGCUCACCAAGUAGAACAUUAUAGGAUGCACAUACAUCUACAGAAGUGUCGGAAACAGCAUCCGAACAGCGGUAAAGUGACCUGUCCGUUUGAUGCUACUCAUGUUGUUAAUGAGGUUGAGUUGGAUUACCACGUGACCACCUGCCCAAAACGCCAUAUGCUGGACACCCAACUGUAUGUCAUGGACGACGACCAACGUCCUGUGGUGCCGGUCGUGUCGCAAUCCGCGAGAGACACCUCGGACGACUGGGAGGCUGAUUGUCACACAUCUUAUAAGCCGGAUUACUCCAAAAAGGGGGCCCACGUUAUUCAGAAAAUUAAGGGUGCUACCCCCUCUGAAAGACGUAAGGCUCGUAUGGAGAACAUCAGACAUUAUAGACCUUUAGAAUAAACUUAAUUUUGUAUAUUAACAAUAACGCUUUUUUCUGUAAAAUUUUGUAUUUUCUAUGACAAACGUCUGUUGAACUUUUUUGUACUAAGACUGACUUUGAAAAGUUUCUAAUCGUCCUUUUGACAGUUUAAAGAUGCCAGCAGGUCAACCUACCCGAAUCUGUCAAAUUUUACCAAUCGAACAUUAACCUUCUACUAUAUUGUGAUAAGGUUGGCACGUUAAACUGUAGGUCCCGGUUGUCAUUGAACAUCCUUGGCAGUCGUUACGGGUAGUCAGAAGCCAGUAAGUCUGACACCAGUCUAAUCAAGGGGUAUUGGGUUGCCCGGGUAACUGGGUUGCGGAGGUCAGAUAGGGCAGUUGCUCCUUGUAAAGCACUAGUACUCAGCUUCAUCCAGUUAGACUGGAAGCCGACACCAAUAUAGUUGGGAAAAGGCUCAGGGGAUGAUAUUGUGAUAUGGUUGAAAAUCUAUUGAAGACAUUUGACAGAUUGGGGCAUGUUGUCUGUACCUACAUUUAUUUUUUCUAUUAAGUUCUGAAUCUCUACCAUUUUGUUUUUUUUGUUUAAAAAAUAUAUUGUUUUGGCCUAAACUCCACCAGAGUGAAGAUACUAUAUUAAAAACAAAUAGGAUAUCUCCGCUUAUAUAUUUUGUUGUAAAGCUACGUAUAAUCAUCGGCAAGGAUAUUGAGCCCUGACCUUCACCUGCGCAGAAGUGAUUUAUUGGUUUAUUGCUUUAAGUGUACAGUGCGCAAAGCGAUCCCCACUCUUCCGCCGAGAGCUCAUUAUCCGUGCCGAUAACUAUACGAGAUUUUUAAAUAACGAAAUUCUAUUAGUUGUUUAAAAACAGUCUGCGCUUUCAAACACAAGUUUAUUUCUUUCUUUAAUCAUUAAAAACCAGUGAUUUUUGUUUUUAUUUUUUAGAAUAGUGGUCAGCUUAGACAAAAGUUAAUUUAGCCAAUGAGCCACUUUUCAUGUUUAAAUGUAUAUUUUUUUCCGGAUCAAUCGGAAAUUAUCUGAAUUAAUAAACGUAUAAUUAUAAUA